AUGUGGCAGAUGUUUACGCUCAAUGGGAUUUACAAGUGGAUCGACGCGCUACCCCAGCUCGUCAAGGAGUAUAACACCCGAAAGCAUCGAACGAUCGGCAUGCGACCCGGUGACGUAACCCCCACGGUCGCUGAAAGAUUCUUAGCUACGGUGUACAGCGCGAUAAAGAUAGCGACUCCAGCAAAGUUCAAAGUAGGCGACUUGAUACGCGUCAGCAAAUACAAGACGGUCUUCGAAAAGGGUUACGCGCCAAACUGGACCACCGAGGUAUUCAAGAUCGUCAAAAUGCAGCGUACCGACCCAGUGACCUAUCUACUCGAGGACUAUCGUGACAAACCAGUUGCCGGAGCGUUCUACGAGCACGUUGCAUCGCGCGAGACGUGUCCAGACGUGUACCUCGUGGAGAAGGUGUUACGCAGGAGAGGUGACGAGGUCUACAUGAAGUGGCUGAGAUCAGGGUGCCCAGUAUAA